AUGGAUUCUCGACAAAUUCGUUCACUCCUUGUGUUGUGUGUUUGUCUCCUUUCCAAAUUCGUAUUUGGUGAGUAUUGAAACAGAAAUUCUGAAUUCAUGCUGCUCAGCUGUUUGUCAUCGACAUGUGUUAGUCUAUACCUUAAUUUGGUUCAGGAGAAGUUAAAGCUAGAACAUUUGUUGUUAUUAUUGCUAUACACAUGCAGUAAUAAACAUUGAUAGGAUAUCUGGAUUGACUAUGGAUAUAGUUAAUAGGCCUAGACUAUUCUUCACGCAAUGAUGCAGAUAAACAUAAAAAUGCCACUCGUCCCCAAGGCAAGCCUAAAUGUUGCUCUUAUGAUGUGCCUGUGUCACAGUGACAUGUGCAUCCCCAAGUUUUGUGUAUAUAUAUAGCGUAUCCCCAUCAGUCAUGUCACUAGGGAUAUACCUGUACAGUAGGUAUCCCCAGAAACAAUCCUAUAACCCUAGUUAUAUGAGUAUGGGGAUACAAAAAAUACAGGGAUGCACAUAUAUCAUUGUAGCACCAGACUUAGCCUACAUUUACACUAUACUUGCUAGCUUUCCAUAUAUACCGGCGCAAAAUAGCACCUAGAUCCGGUACAGAAUAUAACAUCUUUCUGGUUGCAAUUAUUGCUCUGAAAAUAGCAUUACUAAAAGGCACGGAUAGGUAUUUUUCAUGUCGCUAUGGAAAUCUAUCCGAUACAGUGUAAACAGCAUUAAUUUCAACAUAUUGUCAUGCCUACAGUUCAACACAAUGCAUGCAACCUCAAUUUGAACCGUCAGCAUAUAUGCAUGGGAAUUAGAGUUGUGUAAGAUGGAGCUUAAUUUUCUCAGCCAACUAGCUGCAUUAGAUCUGGCACAUUAUAAGUUCAGUUUUUGAAUUGAGGUUGUGCUGUGUUGAACUAUAUAUUAGGCAUGAUUAUCUUUGUUGAACUAUAGGCUGGUGUCUAUUAUGAUGGUUUAAUAACAGUCACAAGACCAUUAGGGUUAUAGGGAGAGGGUUGUGACCGGGUCAAGAACAAAGAAAAAAUAAUAUAUUUUCAGCUAAAUUUGUGUGUUAAUAUAAUUAUGUUACUUGCACACUACAUUUUUCUUUAUUCUGGACCCAAAUGACAACCCAGCCUCUUUUGACCGUAACAUGGUGAUAAAAAUAAAAAACAAUGUGCUGUAGGGCAUGGAAAUGUUGUAAACCUGUACAUGGAAUGCAUGCUGGCUGCAUGGCAGCAUGCUGGAGCUGUUGACUGAGUUAAGUCUGUGACACAGGCUAUUAACUGAUGUCAAGUUGUCUUAGUUUCUUAUUAGACUUGAUUCAAGUCAAGUUCUUAACUUAAAGUUACAAUAAUCCAACAUCUUUCUUUGGACAGAAUGAUUUAAUAAUGAAAUAUUACUAAUGAAAAAUACUUUUUAUCUCUGGGGACUAAUACAUAAGAGUGCACUGCACAUCCUCCAAAACAUUACCUUGUUUUGGAGGAUGUGCAGUGCACUCUUAUGUAUUAGUCCCCAGAGAUAAAAAGUAUUUUUCGUUAUAGUAAUAUUUCAUUAUUAAGAAAUAGAAUUUAUAUUAAGAAAUAGAAUUCAUUAUUAAGAAAUAGAAUUUCCUGUACAUGUUAUAUAUUUACUAGCCUAAGGUAGACUGAAGAGUGAACUGUUACAGUGCAAAAUUGUCACACAAUUAGCAGCCUCAUGGUUAUAUUAGCUAUGAUUCUCUGACGUUUAUUGCCAUAUGAUGACAGUGACCACAGUGGUGUAUAACGUCCUUCAGAAAUGGCAGUGAUCCUUUCUAUUUGUUGUUUCUGUCAACUAAGUCACAGCAGCGAAUCUUGUUAAGAUUUUUGGCUCUGAGAGCUACUGGUAUGUACUUUUGUCAUGACAUGUUGUCAGUGGUAAAUUUUAAAUUUGAAGCAGUUAUUAUGAAGGGAAUUUUUAUGAUUUUGGUCUUUUUGGAAGACGUUUUGGAAUUUUGAUCACCAUUUCCAGGAGUCAUACUUAUUUCCAUAGUAGGAUUUCGAAACCAUUUCGAGCUAUGACUAUGUGUAACGCAAAAACAUGUUGUACUGUCCUUGUGUACUGUAUAUAGUGACUCCUGAAUUUAGAUUUAGCUCGUCGAAAUGGAAGCAGACAAUUAAGCACUAGCCCAUUGAAACAAUUGUAUGGAAAUAUUGCCUCAAAAUAAAGAACGUUUUAGAAGGUCGAAGGCUGAGGCACUUUAUACGAUUCAGGAGAGUACUAUACAUUUACCACAAAAUUGUAGCAACGAAAGCGCGCCAAAACAAUAACAACUGCUCUUGCGUGACAAGUUUGUACAGCUGCAAUUUCAGUCUAACCGGUGGCAGUGUCUCAGCGGGUAGUCCCCCUCCCCCCACACUGAUAAUUAUAUUUCCACCAAUGGCAAUACGUUAUGAACGAAAAAUGCUCUCAUCUAUAAGGAUUUUUUAAUCUUUUUGUCAAAUUCUGCUACAUAGUCAUUCUGAAUUUUGAAGGAUAUAUAACGCACCGUUAUGAAGUGAAUAUUAUGUAGUGUACUAUAAAGGGAACACUACAGGCGGCGACUCUGACUGUGUUUAGGUUAAUAUAGCCACCUGAAAGGAACGCAUUUUUUAUUAAGUCAUCACUCACCUGUUUAAAUUAUCAGGCCUUUGGCUUUCCUAUAUAUUUGUGAGACUGAGUUACGGAUCGCUCAAUCACAUAGGCGAGUAAGAGAACAAAAUCGCAAAAAUAUCUCGCCAAAUUAAACUUCCAAGACAUUCCUUUGUUUUCAAUAAUAGUAGGAUUAAUGCAACAAUGAAAAGGAUUGGAUAUUACUUAUAUCAUUUUGUAUUACAAAUGGGAAAUUGAUAUAUCAAUUUCCCGUUAUAAUGCAAAAUGACUGAAAAACGGCAAACUUCGCAAGGCUAUAUUCAUCCGCAUUUUACAACAUUUCGCAACGAAACUUCGGAAUAUUACUAAUUUUGUGAUGCUCUUUCAAGCUGUGAUGAAAUUUUCGUCCAGACUUGUCUAGAUCAAAAUUUCACUCAAAAGGGGAAAGGUCUAUUGGAUGCAAAAGUCAAAGCCCCAUUUGGCGGCAAUUUUUACUGCGAUUUUAGGUUCGAUUUUCAUCUUUUGAUAGACGUGAACGAGUGGGUGAGUUGUGAAUGUUUAGAAGAGCUAGCGUACAUCAGUGGUACAUGUGUACUCAGAACGUUCAUAAAUCAUCUACUCGUCCCACUAGAGUAAACGGACCUUAAGCCCUGGGCAAACUAGGAAACAUUGUUGCGGAAACAUUGUUUCCUGCCAAUGUUGCGCCAUGUUUCCAAGAGUGGGCAAACACUAGGAAACAUUAGUGAGAAACAUAAGGAAACAUCAAAUGUUUCUGAAUUGAUGAUUCCCCUUAUUACGUUUUCGUAGCGCUUUGCAUUGUGGUUAUAGUGGUAUCACUGAUAAAGAUAGCGGCCUCCAAUGAAAAUAUUGAAUGUUUUCGCGAAUAGUUUGCUGUUGGCUAUCGUGCACCUGACCCUAGCUUUUUUAAAAGUUCUUGCACGAGUCAGGACAAAGAUAAGCCAUCUUGAAUAUCAGUGAUACCACUAUAACCACAAUGCAAAGCGCUACGAAAACGUAUUAUAUAAUAACUACAGUGAAACACGCAAUUUGAUUGGUCAAUAGCCGUGCAGGAUCAGGCUAUCCUGCACGAGGAUUCGAGGAAUUAUAAUGCCUUCGCGGGAUUUUCGCUGGAUUCACAAAAUGUCAUUGUUUCACUGUAGUUAUUCUAUAAAACAAUUACCAAAUGGUUUUCCAAGCAGGAUAGCGUGAUCCACGCACUUGGGAUGUUGCUCGACUUUCGGAAAGCGUAAAAAUACACUCGCCUGCGGCUCGAGUAUUUUUACGCUUUCCGAAAGUCUCGCGACAUCCCUCGUGCAUGCAUCACACAAUCCUGCACGGAAAACCAUUCGGUAUGCCUUUAAUAAGGGGAAUCAUCAAUUCGUUAGGAAAAAUAUUUGUUUCUCGGGAAGCAAAUUUUGUUUCCGCAACAAUGUUUCCACGGGUGAGCAAACAGGGAAACAUUUGAGGAAACAUCGAGGUCACAAAUGUUUCCACAACAAUGUUUCCUAGUUUGCCCAGGGCUUUACUAUUGCCUGAACAUAUUAUUCAGCAUUGAAAAACAAUAUUUUUUGUUUUGUAUUAUUUAAAAGGAGGUGAGAAAGUACGUCUUAGUGAUGUGCAGGUGUUGACGCUACAUCAAGGUAAAAUGACAACAGGAAGAAGAAGUAGUCCUGUUCUUCAGUUAAGAUGCGCUGGUGGAUCAGCAGGUUGUUCAGCUUUUGUUCCAGAAGUUGUACAGUGUUAUAACAGAGGCUCUGAUGGUUUUGACGCUCAG